GCGUGGCCGGAGUCUCCGCGUCGCCGGCGGGCAGCUGCGGUCCUUCCCCGGGGCGAGAUGCCUCUAGAUGUCAGUGUCGGCUGCGGGACGAUGGGACUGGACGUGUCAGGGACGUGUCCGGCUCCCGCAGCCCAGCACGCCUGGGGCAGGGGGCCCUGGCAGCAGAGCCUGCGCUCCCACUCCGCCGCGGCUGCGGCGGCGCUGAGCGUCCCUCCCGCCCUGCGCGGGGCCACCAGCUGCGAGCAGAGAGCCAGAUGGUGUGGGGCUGCACUCUGGGGACGGAGCAGAAGUGGCAGAGCAUGGUCUUUGGUGAACUCGGCGGGUUUGUAACUUAACCCUGGCAUUCCCACGCUCUCAUGUGCCUGCACGAAUGAUGAGUGGGAUGGACCGUUAUUCCACUUGCAGUCAUGAAAGAGCAAAGCUUCCCCCUUACCCCAGAUUGCUUGUACCACUGGCUUUCUUUUUAGCUUUCUUUUUUCUCUUAUAAAAUCCAGGUGUAAAAAUGCAAAGCCAGCCUUGUCUAGCUAGGGCAAGCAGUGAGCCUGAAAAGGGCAGAGCUACUUGAAAGCUGUGUCCUAAAUAUAUUGUGGCUGAGUGAGUCAGACAGUCAUAGGUAAACAGAACUUCAUUUUAAAAAAGUAUCACAGGGAAAAAUAUUAGCUUUCUCAGAUCAAACCCAGAAUUAACUUGUUUUGACAUCCUUGCUGGUGUAUGUAACUUUCCCAGAAGGUUAUUAAAGGCAUAUUGAACAAGGUGUGCAUUCCUCGGGGAUUAGCACUUGAAUGUGCCCUGUGCCGGAGAGCGCUAUGCAAACCCAAACCUGCUCUGCGUGCCGGCGUGCUGCCCUUUCUGCUGGAGAUGGAUUCCCACCUCUCCUGCAGAUCCGGUGUGCCGGGAGUCCUGAGUUCAGCGCAGGCGUCUCUGACAGGGAAAAGCACCAGCAGGAACUCGGCGCAGCAGCGUCCCGGGAGCGCGCGCCUCGCGCUGGGGCGGCGGGCUGGUCUGCGCAGGGGCUGCGUUCCCUGCGCGGUGACGCAGGCGUCGCCCGGCCCCGCGCCCCGGGCUGGGGACAGCUGUCCUGCCGGAGGGGCUGGCCAGGUGGCUCUGCUGCCGGUGGGUCGCUGCGGUACCUGUCACCUCGCAGGUGGGCAAGGAGCGAGCCGAGGUGCUGUCCCGCUGGUGGGCAGGCGCUGGGAAGGGAAAUAGAGUCUGACCGCAGGCUUGUCAUCAGCCUCUGCUGCUGCAUGUCCUCCCCGUGCUCUGGGACGGUUACACAAUGGGGAACAGAGGCCAAACCAGAAGCAUUCACAGCCUUGGUGGAGCGGCUUGAGACACUGACUUGCCCACAAACUCUUAAGAUGACCAUAAAGGAAGUGAAGAAGGAGAACGGGGACAAGAUGAUCAUCCCGAGGAAGAGGAAGGCGCUGAAGCUGGGCCCCAUCCGGAAGAAGAACCUGAAGAAGCUGGUGCUGUUCCUGAAGAACGGGGCCGACUGUCCCUGCCAUCAGCUGGACAGCCUGGGCCACCACUUCCUCAUCAUGGGCCGCCAGGUGAAGACCCAGUACCUGCUGACGGCCAUCUACAAGUGGGACAAGAAGAACAAGGAGUUCAAGAAGUUCAUGAAGAAGAUGAAGUCUCCCGACUGCCCGACGUUUCCGUCCGUCUUCAAGUGAUGCGGUGGGCGCCGGGGGAGCCGCCGCCUGGACCUGGCGCGGCCGGGCACGGCGGCGGGGCCGCGCUCCUCCGCGGGGGCGCCGGGCCGAGCCCCCUCCUCCCGCCCCUCGGAGCUCCCCCCCCGCCCCCGCCGCCGGCAUUCCCCUGGUCGCCCGGGCGAGCGAGCGCGACCCACACGCGCCCAGCGGGCGCCGAGCUCACACCCAUUCACACCCGGUGUCCAAAGACUGGUCGCUGUACGGACGCGUACGUUCGUUUGACAGCAGAUGUCAGGUAAAGAGGGCAGCGGAGGGGUGUGAAGAUACGUCAAGAGAUCACGCGAUUGCAGAAAGGACCCUUGUGACCACGUUACUCCUGUCCUCAUGGCUGCAGGAUCGUCCUGAGUUAAUUCCUGCUUGAACCAGAGCCAGCCAGUUAGAAAAGCAUCCCAUCCUCACGAUAAAUGUAAUGAACGAGUAGUGGAGAACGUGUUACAACCUCUGAUAAAACUUCCCAAUAGCUAAUUGCCCUCAGUGUAAAAAAAAUCCCAUUGUAGUCUGAACUGCUUAGUUUAAGCCUUAGCCCCGGGGUCCUUGUGACGCCGCGAUGGGCUGGACGGGGAGCGUCCCCGAGCGCACCGUGCCGUGUCCCCGGCCCUGCCCCGUGCCCGCUGCUCGCGUCCCGACUUCACCAGCAGGGUUUCACAGUUUCCUCGGGCUGCUGGCGAAACACCACGUUGGAGGAGGCUGAGAACUGGUCCCUGUGGGGCACCCCGCGACAGGCAUCGUCUCCAUCUCCUGCUUUGCAGUCACUGCAGACCUAUCGGUUUCUGGGUUUUUGUCUGUUUGAUGUGUGACAACUCGGCUUUGUAGCGUUCUGGGUUUUUUUCUUUAAUCAAAAUGUCAUGUUAGUGUGAGGUCAAAUAGUUUAUGAAAGACAAAGAAUAUUGCAUCCAAAUGAUUACACUUAUCGACCAAGCUGAAAUUCAUUAGUCCGCUAAUUGGACAAGUUCUCUUUUCCAUAGAUCCACAUUGCUCCACAUUAAUUAUACUAUCCUGCUUCCAUUCAGUGUUCUCAUCAAUCAUGAUUGCUCUGAGAGAAUGAAUAUCUUGCGAUCUGAGAUAAUCCCAUUGUGUUGCAGUUAAGUGAAAUAACAAAUCCUCAUUUUUGAGGUUUAAACCAAACCCACUUAAGGCUGGUGAAUUAAUUAUUCUUUAGCAUGGGAGUGCUGUUAAUUCCCCGCGUGGGGACAGAGCCGCAGACUCGAAGGUAGAAGAAUUCCACGAAGAAGCCAAGCGCACUGACGAAUGCUGUCUCACGGCUAACGGAGAGCUGGGUUUAGGAUGUGAACUCUGUAGGAAGUCCCACUAGCUUGUCUUAGGCCACCAUUUGUAGUAGUGUUGUUUCUUUGAUGCAAAAUUAAUCAUUGUAGGUCAUGUGCUUUAUCAGUGAGUUAACUAAAUAAACAAACCAAGGGCUUUCACAUCACGGACUGAUGAGGUGAAACGGCGGCACAGGCUGAUGGACCCGGCCCCGCCACAAACAGGUCGUGGCCCAGAGCCUCUGCCAGUGACUUCAGACACCCUCUGACCCCCGUAUUCGUCCCUGAAAAGCCAGUGGGAGCUGCCGAGCAGAUGGGCACGCAGUGUCUCAGCCGUCGCCACGUGCCUGCGAGCGGAUUCACCCACAUGGGCACGCGGUGUCUCAGCCAUCACCGCGUGCCUGCGAGCGGAUUCCCCCUUCCCUGGCCGAACUGGUCUGGUGUCCCAGCCGCCCGUGCGUGGGCCCGGCUGCCCGGCCGCUGCUCCGCUCCCCGGCUGCUCUUGGUGCGCGGAGGCUUGUGAUAAAACAGCAGCGGGGGACAUGGGCAGGAGGGCACGAGGACGCGGGUUUGCGGGGAGCAGCCCUGCUCCCCAGCACCCCCAGUCCACACGGACGGGCAUCGCAAACGGGGGGCUGCUGGUGCUUGCCAGAGCUCUGCUCUGGUUUGAGGGCUUUGCCCAGCUCAUUUACCUCAGAGACACGAGGAGAACAGCUGAAGCUCUUUGCAAACUGUUUCUUGAGGGGCAAAUACCCGAAGCACAGGGGUGAUGGAGCCUGGUGAGGACACGCGGGCGGCGCGACGGGACCCGGCCGGUGCGGGAUCCACAAGAGCAGAGCACCCCUUGCUUCUCUCACAGUGUAUUUUGGUGAAGAAACCUGUACUUGAUUGGUUUACUUUGUUUUAAGCUUGUGGUUGAUAUAAACACAUUACAGCUUCUGUUUUCUCUCUUCUAUGAUUGGAACAAGAAACCCUUCAAUAAAAUGUCUUUUUUUCUUUAAAA